AUGUACGCGAAACCUAUCGAAGCAAGGAAAGAACUGGCUAAGGUUGACGCUCCAGCCGCAGUAUUGGUGGAGGGAGGCCCCACGGGCUAUAUCAAAAAUCCACUAAAGUCCAUGGAAGACGUUAAAUGUCUACACCGCCGCCUGCUUAAGUUCACGCGCGGCGAUGUGACGGACGAGGGCGAGGCGCUCGAGACGCUGCAUGCGCUGGAGAAAACGCCGGUGACGUAUUCCAUUCUUAAAGAGACCAAGAUGGGGCAUACGGUGGGCAAGCUGCGUAAACACGAGAACGAAAAGAUCGCGAGCCUAGCACGACUACUAGUCAAGUCGUGGAAGAACAUGGCGCUGUCACCUCGGGCCGCCUCGCCCGAUCGCAAGGCACCGAGUAGCGCUGAAAAGUCUCAAGGCAUGGAAAAAUCUUCAAAUAUUAGCUCGAGAUCAAAUGGCCUUAGAAGUGCACCUAAACCUGCAGCGGCAAAGACCAGCUCCGCACCAUUCAUUCCUGCAGGUCUGGAUAAAGUGCGUGCAACUGUGCGCACCAAGCUUAAAGAGAUCUUGGAGGUUUCUGAAGGUGGAGAACCAAGUGAAGUGGCUGCUGCGAUCGAAGUGGCCAUGGCCAGAACGUAUCAAAUGGGAGCUCCUGGGGAGCAGAAGAAGGAGUACAUGGCAAAGUAUCGCCAGUUGUCGUUCAAUCUGAAGAAAAACGGGGAGCUUCGUCAGGACUUGCUUGACAAUAGGGUCAGUAGUGAUCAACUGAUUAAAAUGUCGGCUGAAGAACUCGCAACGGAGGAGAAGCGAGCACAGAUUGAAAAAUUACGUGAUGAUGCGUUUCAAGAGGCUCGGUUAGACUGGGCUGAAGCCAACCACGAAAAGAUUCAGAAACAGACUGGUACUGAGGGUACAAAAGGUCUAUUCACUUGCGGACGCUGCAAGUCCUCCAAGACCAGUAACACGCAGAAACAGACACGCAGCGCAGAUGAACCCAUGACAGUGUUCGUCAUGUGUCAUAACUGCGGCAAUCGAUGGAAAUGCUAG